CUAAAUGAACUCUCUCUUCUAACAGGCUAGUCUUUUGGGAUGAGUUCUCAUGUUUGGUCUGUAUCAACCUGCCAUGACUGUUGUAUUCUUCUCUGUUAACGCUGCUCUUCAAGGUGAAAAUGUUGGGGAGAUUGUUGCUAGAUUGAGACGUGAUUUGGUUCCUACGAUGAUGAAUGGGGUAAUGUAUUGGCCAGUUUGCGACUUCGUCACCUUCAAAUUCAUCCCUGUUCAUUUACAGCCAUUGGUGGUCAACUCCUUCUCCUACCUAUGGACUAUUUACAUGACUUACAUGGCAAGCCUAGACAAAGCCGGCCGGCAGCUGACGCCGUCUCGUAUAAUAGCAUGCAAAUCAUCAAAUCAUACAUUGCUGAUAUCAACAACCACUGAUUUAAAGUCUCGUGGAAUAGCAUGCAAACCACACAUGACUGAUAGCAACCACUAAUUACAAAUAUCAAAUCUCAUGCAAACCACCACACAUGACUGAUAGCAACCACUAAUUAUAAAUAUCAAAUCUCGUGCAAUAGCAAACCAUGACAGUAAUAAUGGCAAUAGUGAUCUAAAAUUCCAAUAGUGGAAGGUAUUUUUUAUUUAUGAUUGUAGACUUGUAAUUGUGAUUAGUUGUAUUUAUGAUUUGUUGGAAUAUAAAUUUGUAAUGGUGAAAUUGGUUCUAAAAUCUUGAAUGAAUAACAACAGCUCUUUUCUUGGUA